AUGGCCCAUUUGAGUAUGACUUUGACGAUGGAGGACAACCAGGCCACGGCCACGGCUAUUUAUUCAGAACUAGGUAUGGCUACGAUGUGCGAGUUGGCUCUGGCUUUAUUUAUUAAGGAGACUUGCCAUUUACGUGUAGCGGCUCGGCAUACUAUAAGCUUCUCCUUCUCCUCCGCUCAUCUCACAGCUGAGCUUACCUUUGGGUUUCCUCAUCAGGAUCUCCUAUAUCUCGUCCUCAGGGAUCAAGCCGCAAAAGAUCCUCACAUAUACCUGACUUUGAUCUUUUCAAAACCUCAUCAGGAUCUCCUGUCUCUUGUCCCAAAAAGGCUGGUCUCAAAAGCCUGGCCCAUGUGUCAGACUUUAAUUGCAAAAUACGCUUUGUCUGAAGACAUGAACCAGGCUGUUUUCUGGGUGGUUCGCAAUAUGGGAAGUUGUGAAUGGCUGCAGACCAUCCUUGGCUAUCAGUAUCGGUUGCAAAACUUGCGAAAGAUGAUGCAGGGUAUUCACGGUCAGUGGAAAAGAGAUUACUGCCUGGAACAGAAAACAAGGCUACUUCAACAUCAACGCGAAGCCUCACGAACUUCAGAUGAGGGAAUUCAGAUAGCUGGCAACAUCCCCUUGCUGCCUCCUUGCAGCGUCGAGUUGAAGAAGGAAAAGAAACAUGAUGUACACUCCUGGGACAGCUCACUUCUAUUGUAA